UGGUAUACUAUAAAUACAGAAUGAAAUGUACAGUUCCUCAGUUAGAAACUGACUUCCUUACUGAGUACAUAUUUCCUUUGAAAACAGACAGAGACAAAAUAGAAAUGGCAACUGAGCGAAUUAACUUUGCCUUGGCUUCUCUCCGAAAUGAAUUGAGAGAACUUAGAUGCCAGGAUGUGAUAAUCAUGAGGCAGCUGCUAGGCAUAAACAACACUCUAAACGAAAUGACUAAAACUCAAAGGAAACAAAGCCUAAACAGAAAAUCUCACACAACUUUUGCAGAGAAAUCCAGAAAUAAUUCUGUUUUAUCAGAUUCCAACAACAGUCUCAGUUCUGCUAUUUCUGAAGACGAGAGCUAUGCUUCUACAACCUCCCGCCCACUGCCGACCGUUGCAAUGACUCUUCCUGGAAACGAGGCUGAACUUUCUGGGAGUCAAUACCAUGGAAUCCUGAUGACGAACGUCAAACUGUGGAAACUCUCUCAGAAUGACGAUUCUUCCUCUGAUUUCUCUGAUCAGGAGGAGGAUGUAUGAAGAUCCAAAAAACAUUCCAAAUGUUCAUUCGCGACCCCUUGGGGGUCAUACUGGUUCUCAGUGCCAAUCGUAGAGAACCGAAUCUAGCCAAGAGAUGGAAGCUUUCUGAAAUAGUGUAGGUGAUUAUAAGCUGCGAAAAGACAAUAUGAGAAGAAGGAAAGAUCUACAGAGAAAAGCAGUUAACUACAUGUAGAUUUUAUAGCAGUUAACAUUAGUGAUAUCUUCUCUCGUUAGGGAAGCAUGGAAGAUGCUCUGAAGAAUUCAGGAAUAUAAAGACCCAGCAGACUGCCAAAAAUUGAGCUGACUUUGUUUAAAAUAACGCAUUUCCUUGU